CAAUUUGGGAUUUAACAGUACUAAUCGAUUUCAAGGAACCAGACUCUGAAACGUUUCGCCGCAAAAAACAAAUGGGUUCUCGUGGGCGAAGUAGUAAGAGCGACAAGGACAAAACGUCGUCGUCCUCAAAGAGACGCGGAAGCAGGCGAUCCGAUGACUCGGAAUCCGAGUCCGAGUCCGACGACUCGUACAGCAGAGACGUGUCGCCGGAGGCACGGGGCUCCGGAAAGCGCAAGGAACGAAGCAGCAGCAGACGCCGGAGCCGCCGGAGCUCUUCGCGCAAUCGGGAUUCGGACGACGGCGAUUCCUACGACAGCGACGAUGACCGUGACCGAAGCAAGCGGAAGAAGAGGUCCUCGAGGAACGUCACGGAAGAAGAAAUCAACGAGUACAUGUCUAAGAAGGCGAAGAAGAAGGCAAUGCGAGUUGCGAAGAAGCUGAAAGAGCAGACGGUUUCUGGCUAUUCGAAUGAUUCGAAUCCCUUUGGCGAUUCCAAUCUCAAUGAGAAAUUUGUAUGGGGUAAGAAGAUUGAGCGUGAUGUUUCCCAAGGUGUGCCGCUUGACGAGUUUUCAGCUAAAGCUGAGAAAAAGAGACAGAGAGAACGGAUGGCAGAGAUUGAAAAGGUGAAAAAGAGAAGGGAGGAAAGGGCUAUUGAAAAGGCACAACAUGAGGAAGAAAUGGCAAUGUUAGCCAGAGAACGUGCCCGGGCUGAGUUUCAGGACUGGGAGAAGAAAGAAGAAGAGUUUCAUUUUGAUCAAAGCAAAGUGAGGUCAGAGAUUAGACUGCGUGAAGGGCGUACCAAGCCUAUUGAUGUUCUUUACAAGCAGCUCAAUGGCUCUGAAGAUAUUGAUAUAGAAAUAAAUGAACCGUACAUGGUCUUCAAGGGCUUGACUGUAAAAGAAAUGGAAGAGCUUCGUGAUGACAUCAAAAUGCAUUUGGACUUGGACAGGGCAACACCAACACAUGUAGAGUACUGGGAGGCCCUUUUGGUGGUCUGUGACUGGGAGCUAACUGAAGCUCAGAAAAAGGACGCACUGGAUCGCGCUAGGGUGCGUGGGGAAGAACCGCCUGCUGAGUUGCUUGCUGAAGAAAGGGGUCUGCAUUCCAGUAUUGAAGCAGAUGUCAAGAAUCUCUUGCAAGGAAAAACUUAUACCGAAUUAGAGGCAUUGCAGUCCCAGAUUGAGUCACAGAUGCGUUCUGGCACAGCGAAGGUAGUUGAGUACUGGGAGGCUGUUCUUAAACGCCUCCAUAUAUACAAGGCCAAGGCUUGUUUGAAGGAAAUUCACACUAAAAUGUUGAUGAAGCAUCUGCAACGCCUUGAGCAACCUUUGGAGAGUGAAAAUAUAUUGGAGUCUGAUCAUGAUUUAAAACUGAAAGAGGAUGACAGUGAGCAUGAUGAUGUUAAUGAUGCUCAAACAUUCUCUCCAGAACCCAUAAAGGAAGAGACUUAUGAGGAUGAGCAAGAGGCUGGUUCAUUUUCACCAGAACUGUUGCACGGUGAUGAAAAUGAAGAAGCAGUUGACCCUGAAGAGGACAGGGCUAUGCUGGAAAUGAAACGUAUGGCUGUUGUGAAAGAACAGCAAAGACGGAUUCAAGAAGCCUUGGCAUCAAAGCCAGCUCCAUCAGAAGAUAAUUUAGAGCUGAAGGCCAUGAAAGCGAUGGGAUCCAUGGAUGAAGGGGAUGCAAUAUUUGGCUCUGGUGCUGAAGUGAACCUGGACUCUCAGGUGUAUUGGUGGCAUGACAAGUACCGACCAAGGAAGCCGAAAUAUUUCAACCGCGUCCACACAGGAUAUGAGUGGAAUAAAUACAAUCAGACUCACUAUGAUCACGACAACCCGCCUCCAAAGAUUGUGCAAGGUUAUAAAUUUAAUAUCUUCUAUCCAGACCUUGUUGACAAGAUAAAGGCUCCACAUUACACUCUUGAGAAGGAUGGGAGCAACGGUGAGACAUGCAUUAUAAGGUUCCAUGCAGGGCCACCUUAUGAGGACAUCGCUUUUCGGAUUGUAAACAAGGAAUGGGAAUAUUCUCAUAAAAAGGGCUUUAAGUGCACAUUUGAACGUGGUAUAUUGCACGUGUAUUUCAACUUCAAACGCUACCGUUAUCGUCGGUGACAUGCGGCUAGUUUUGCGACUUUUUUCCUCUGGAAGCUUUGAAUUGCCUAUGGCAAGGCCGGUCAAGAUAUCUCAAAUGUAUUUAAAGUUAAUACAAAACCAAUUUUGUGUUGCAAGUAUGAUUUCAUGUUAGUUUUACAGAAACCUUUCCAUCAGUAUAUGUUUCAUUUACUUUUGGUGUA